AUUUAACAAACCAAGUGGGAUUCAAAGGUUUCUGUAUCUUUACAAGUAACCCCAACGAAAUUCCGCGAAAGUUGACCCUGAAAGGAAUUUCUUGCGGGUCUACUGUGAACUGAGAGAAGCCCACAGAGUAGGGCUCGUUUCACACCUUCACUCCGAUCAUUCGUCAAUUCUAUGAGUUUGAGUUGCUGAAUUUUAUAUAUCAAAGACAAUGGAAUCCGGUAAAAUCCCAAACAAAUUUCUUGGAGUAAGAAACAACAAGAUCUACAUGGACUUAAAGCUCAUAAUCCGUGAACACGCCCUCCAAUUCCUCCCCGCAAAAUCCCUUUUCAAAUUCCGAGGCGUCUGUCGCGAUUGGAAACUCAUAAUCUCAACUCCAUUCUUCGCCCACAACCAAUCCCUCUCAUUCCGUUCCCUUUCCGGCCUCUUCCUCCAAACCCCCGGAACCCCCCCAACCUUCGUUUCCCUCGACCCCAAUUCCGCCGGAAUCCCCGAUCCCGCCCUCAAAUUCCUCCCCGCCCCCACCAACAUCCUCGCCUCCUCCAACGGCCUCCUUUGUUGCCAAGCUCUCACUGGCGACCGUGCGUACUACAUCUGCAACCCUGUCACCUCCCAAUUCAAAAAACUCCCGAAACCGAGCUUCGACCACGGGCGGGACCCAGCGGUCGUUCUCAUCUUCAACCCCUCUCUCCUCAACUUCGUAGCGGAAUUCACCCUCGUCUGCGCGUUCCGUUCCGCCGACUUCGACGACGGAACGGAAUUCGAAAUCUACUCCUCGAAAACCGACGCGUGGACCGUCUCGGGUGAAAUCAACUUCGCCGCGAAGAAACUCGUCCCGAAAUCGGGCGUCACGGUGAACGACUGUGCGUAUUGGCAAACGUACAACGGCGGGAUUUUAGCGUUUGAUUUGGUGAAGAACCGGUCGCAAGUGAUUCACGGGUGUCACUACGGUGGGGCCGGGUGUUUAGGGGAAAUGAAUGGGAAGCUUUGCAAUGGACAUGUGAAUGGGCAUACGAUGAUUGUGAGUGUGAUUUCGAAUAUUUACUCGAAUACGAUGCAAAUGAGUAGUCACGCGAGGUUGUGGGAUGAUAAAGUGAGGAUUCAAUUGAGUAAUGAGGUUUUUGAUGGAAAUGCGAAUGAUGAUUUGUUUUCGGUUUUGCAUGUGGAGAGUGAUUUUGCGUUGGUUUUGGGGAGACGGAAUGUUUAUCGGUUUGAUUUGAAGACGAAAGAGAUUAAGUUUGUGGUUGAGGCUGCGCAGUUUGAUCGGAAGGGGAAAGGGAUACCAUACGUGAAUAGUCUUGUCGCGCUUUGAGAGGGGUAUUUUGGACUUUUGGGAAGUGGUAUUGACAUAAGACAUAAGUGCAUGAUGAAGAUUUUUUAGAAACUUUUACUUGCUUUUGUGUUGCAUGGACUUUGAGACUAUUUGAAUUUCUAGUAUUGGUCCUUUUGAUAUGAUAUCUAGUAUCUACCUUGUACUUGUAA